ACAAUGACCAUGAAUAUUUUGUUUUAUAUUGUAGUAUAAGAGAAUGUGAAUAUUAUAUUCUUAAAACAAUGUUCACGAAAUAUAUGAUUAUUAGUUCUUGGUUUGGCCGUUGGUACCUGGUGGCGCUGAGAUCUUGGAUCGCACAAUGGCUGCCCAUUAGCAGUCCAUAGGUAUAUAGUCAAAGCUUGGAAAUAAACCACGAUAGCCGUGCAGUAUACACGUAAUACAUGAAUGUAAGCAAACAGAAGCAUCAUUUACGAUUUGUCACAUUUUGAGAUAGAGAAAGAAAGAAAUGGAGAAAGGGAGAGAGGGAAAGAGACAGAAAAGAAGUCAAACUCCGGUCUUGAUACGUCCAACAUCGACGAGAUACUUUUAAAGACUGAUUGUGAAACUGUCAGCUAUAUGGGAUCUGGUGAAGGCCAGAAAUAAGCGAAGAACUUGGCAUUAUCGAUCGAUACUGCAUUUGGUUGUACUGAAGCUGACUGUAGAUUUGACCGAAUUGCAAGACUUUUAAGUAGGGUGCUAGAUUUCAAAAUUAUUAUGUCUACAUGAAUUGUUUGCGUAUUGUUCAUAUAAUUACACGGACUCUUUUCAUGUAAACUAUGUAAACUGUGUAACCUAUUGGGCUGACCGAAAAUUCGUGCGGAUUUCUUUUUUGGCAAAAUUUAAACUUUGUAUUAAUUCUUGAUACAAAGUUUUGCGUUUGAAUUUUUAUUAAAUUUAGCGUGUUCUCUAGCUGGAAAACGCCCACUAGAAUACCAUCCUAAACUUCCGUUUGUUUACGCAUAAAGUGCGAUGGCGUUACUAUCGCAGCUGUCGCGUGUCAUCUUUGCCCGAGAGUUUCUUUUCUUUUGCUCUCGCGUAGUCCAGUCUUCUUUUGACAUUUACCAGAUGCUGGCUGUCAAUUCGAGUAGUCUAUUUCUGACAUGUCUAGUGCUGAUCUACAUAUGUAUUUAUUGUAGAUCUUUUAGAUAAUAAUAUUUCGCUAUUUCCAAUUAUAUAGAAUUUAUUAAUACAGCAAAAAAAAUUGGAGUGUAUAUGUAUAAUAUACAAAUUCAACGAGAAAAUACUGCUAGGAAGAGAUAAUCGAGGUUUCGUGGAGUGAUUAAUGUCUUAUUAAAUGUCAAUAUACACACACAUGAUAAAGCUGCACCUUUAUCCAAUGUAAAGAUUGAUAAAACGUUUUAAAGUAAUAGUUAAGUAAUAGUCAAGCAGAGAAGAUUGAUUCAUUUAUGAAGCUAUAUUGAAUUUAAUAUGCCAAGUUCGCAUCUAUACGCCAUAAACAAUGAGGGGCGCGUAUUUGGAUUGUCGACAUCUGGGAAUAUGUGGCGUGAGUUUAUGUACCUGGGACUUGAAUUUAAACAGCUGUCGGCAGUGCCACACUUUAUGUGGGCUAUUGGUGGUGACAGACAAGUUUAUGUUCACGUUCACGGCUUAGACAUACCAAUUAGAAUCAAGGAAGAGACUUACGAAAAUGAGCGAUGGCUGCCUUUAGAAGGAUUUUCUGGAAGAUUGCUCCCGACUGACAGAUACAAUUUUUCAAAUCAAGAUGGUACAGUUGAUCGAAGCAGAGACAAAGUAAAAUUGCCAUCGAUGGCAUGGCAAUGGGAAGGUGAUUGGCAAAUAGAAACAACGCUAGAUGGUCAACCAUUAGAUCACGAUGGCUGGACAUACGCAAUUGAUUUCCCAGCUACAUAUACUACAAAAAAGCAAUGGAAAUCCUGCGUAAGAAGGCGCAAAUGGGUCCGUUAUCGAAGAUACAGCGCUAUGAAUUCGUGGUGUGCUAUCGCACCUCUUCAUAAGGAUCCAACUAAGGAACCUUUUAUCGAUGUAGCUGUGGGUGGAAAUCAAAUGCCUGGAGAUAGCUCCGGAAGUUUAAUAGUUUGGGCGGUGACCGCUCACGGAAGGGUGAUGUUUCGCGUUGGGACGAGCACAACUUGCCCCGAAGGACAGAGAUGGAGCUCUAUUAAGUUGACAAACGGUUACGAAGUUUGUCAGAUCAGUGUUGGAGUAACUGGUCUUGUUUGGGCAGUGCUUAUGACAGGCAAAGCGCUCGUCCGUACUGGUGUAACGAGGGACAAUCCAAUGGGCGAGGAUUGGUCAGAAGUGGAACCGCCGCAAAAGGAUUUAAGAUUGGUGCAAGUUAGCGUAGGUACUGACGCUGUAUGGGCCGUUACGCACGACGGUGGAGUGUGGUUUCGGAAGGGUGUCCAGGGCGAGAUAAGCGGUGUUUGUGAGCAAUUGGCUACUGGUACCGGUUGGGUCGAAAUGCUAAGCAAAAUGACAUUGGUGUCGGUUGCUCCAAAUGAUCAAGUUUGGGCUAUUGGCUACGACGAUCGCUGUUUAUAUUAUCGUACUGGUAUCACACGCUCCGAGUUAACGGGGAAAAGAUGGAAAUUAAUAAACGCGCCGCUCCAACUGAGUCGAGCGAGUAGCAAUGCCAGUUUGUCAUCCAGCAACAGGCACAGCGUCUGCGGCACGCCGCAACAACCACGUCAUCAGAGCUGGAGUUCCUUGAAUCGUCCUCAUAGCACGAGCGAAGGUACAACAUUAAUCAGAGAAUGGGAGGAACAAUCGCGUUCAGCGCCAACGCCUACAUCUUUAAAAUUGUGGCAACGUACCGGUGAUGGCAUACCCGUCAAAAAUAAUCAACAAACAUCGUUCCAAGAUAUAUAUCUAAAUGAAGAGAGAAAGAGAUCUGCAAGUUCCGUAGACACGGGUGAUCUGAACGAAGCUAGUGUUGCUAAUAUAACUAUAUCUAAUGAAUCUUUAGCAAAAAGCGGAGAAUCCAUAGUUGUCUCGGGAAAAGGAAUGGGCAGUACCGUUAAGAUUAAUCCUGCCGCUUGGAGCCCUGUCCACUCUGUUGGUUCGAUGGUGGGCGUUGAAGCACAUCCGGAAACGGACGGUAGUAUAUUUGAUCCAGAUUUAACUGGAGAUUCCGGGGUGUACGGUGAAGAUGACAGCGCAGGGAUAAUAUAUUGGGCGGAGUGCGACGUGUCAUGGUACAAAGUCGAAGCUGGGGCGUGCUUCGUUGAUCCAACGAAUCCACCAAAGUGGAUUGCAGAUGGCAAUGGUACGACACAAGGGGAAAUUGGAGAGUCAUGGAGGAUAUAUAUUUUAGAGGAACUAAGAGCGAGAUUAAAGAAAAUGCCAUUCGAUUCUUCAAUAGAAUACGAAAAAGCUGUCGAAAAAUCAUCUUGGGUAAAGACUGGCGAUGCUAAAUGUAAAAUAAAAAAUGGCAACAUGUAUGAAGAUUGCAAGAUUGAACUGGAAUGGAUAAGCAGUGAUACUGGUUCAUUGGAUUCUGGCACCUUAAUCAUUUUGAAUGCAGACGGUGUAACAAGCAUAAUACAGUUUCCAGUUUCGGAAAUCACAUGCGUCGUAUGCUGUAGCGAGCCCGGUAACCCAAGAAUAGCGAUUUAUACACCUAAAUUAAAUCGUUCGAAGGUACUUAGAUUACAGUUUGCGAGCGAUACGGAAAUGGAAGACUGGUUGGCGCAUUUAACUUCAGUAUCUUGCCAGAUGUAUAACGUGUAUGGUAAGCCUGGUCCAAAUUCCAUUUGGACCACAACUGCACUAGGUGAUAUUUACGUAUUCGAUCCAGCAAUCGCAGAGGAAUGUCAAUUAUCCGAAGACGGAUAUGUACAAGAAAUGGACGUUGCUGGCAAAGAGCUACCAUUCGAGAGCAUAUUACAAAAUGGCUUUGCAUGUGGUAGCACGCUAAAAAUUACCGUAUGCGUUCAUGAUGACGCUGACAGGUUGUUUUUUAAUCUUGUCUGUUAUACUACAACGUUUGUGAAGCAAAAGACUGUAACAGACAGUCAUGACAUAGCUUUGCAUUUCAAUCCAAGAUUCAAAGAAAACAUCAUUGUGCGAAACACAUAUCAGAAUGGUCAGUGGGGAGACGAGGAGAGAAGCGGACGUAGUCCAUUAAAGGCAGGCUGUGACUUCACGCUCUAUAUCGUCUGCGAAGAGCAUGGUUAUAGAAUUUUUAUAAACGGUAGCGAGUAUACUUUUUAUAGCCACCGAAUACCCUCACAAAGUAUCACUCACUUACGUAUAAAGGGAUUGCUGACUUUAAGCAGUAUCACUUAUAAAUCUACAUCCGUAAUUAUCGAGCCCAGCACCAUGUUUUGGCGACAAAUUGGCGGACAUUUAAAAAAAGUUGAGACAUCUUCUGUGGGCGUUACCUGGGGCAUUGGCUACGAUUACACUGCAUGGGUCUAUACGAGUGGUUGGGGAGGUGCUUUUCUCAAAGGCCUGGGAACUAGCAAUACUGGAAUAAAUACAAUGGUGGAUACUCACAAUUAUUACGUGUACGAGAAUCAACGUUGGAAUCCAGUAACUGGUUAUACCGCGCAUGGUCUUCCAACUGAUCGUUACAUGUGGAGCGAUGCAACUGGGCGACACAAAUGUACGCGAGAGCAUACGAAGUUGUUGUCAAUGCACUGGCAUUGGGUAUCGGACUGGAUCGUCGACUUUCAUACACCCGGUGGUGUUGACAGAGACGGUUGGCAAUAUGCUACCGAUUUCCCGUCACAAUAUCACGGUAAAAAACAAUUUACCGACUAUGUUCGAAGAAGACGAUGGUUCAGAAGAUGCCAAUUGACGACCAGCGGCCCCUGGCAAGAAUUGGGAAAUACCAAACUUGUCGAUGUUUCUUUAUAUGCGACUGGAAAGCCUGGCACAGAUGCUCCUAUUUAUGUCUGGGCAAUUGCUGCAAACGGUGAGGCUCUAUUCAGACGUGGAGUUUCGGAAUCUUGCCCAAUGGGAGUAUCAUGGGAGCACAUACCAAGCGAUCAACCUUUAAUUGGUAUAUCAUGCGGUCCGUGUGGACAAGUUUGGGCUGUUGGGAAAAAUGGUUCCUCCUGUUGGAGAUUAGGUAUCAGCGCCACAAAACCAACUGGUGUACAAUGGCAGAAUGUCGAACCACCUUCGGGAGCUCAGUUAAAGCAAAUUUCGGUGGGGCACGAUGUGGUAUGGACUUUAGAUACGAUGGGUAGAUUAUCAGUGCGUCGCGAGAUACAAUCGAAUGUUUUCCCCGAAGGAACUCACUGGCAAACGUUACCUACUAUGCCAAACGAUCCUAUUCAUAUAGACAUGUCAGUAAUAAAUGCUAAACAAGGAUUUCGACAUGUGUCCGUUUCGCGAGAACAAGGCCAAGUCUGGGCCAUUUCGGGAGCUGGCAUCAUUUGCCGAAGAAUUGGUAUUACUCGCGAAAAUCCAGCUGGAACCGGAUGGGUAACCGGUAUAGGAGCAAACUGGCAAAAUAUAAGUCUUGGAGGACUUGUAAAUAAAACCAAAUAAUCCAUACUGCGAGAAUUGGUUAUAUUAACGUAAAUUUUGUGAUUACUUUGUAAGAUAUAAUAUAACAGACGCAUUUAUGCGAUCUAUACCAAUAAAAUUGCCAAUCUUUAGCCAUAUAUUAUAUUAUAUAAGCUGAAUUGAUUAACAUUAUAUUGAAAACUUUUUUUCCAUAAAAAUGUAAUCAAAGAAAUCGAAAUGCUUGCUUAUUGCUUGCUUAAGAAA